AUGAUUAGUGUUGAUAAUAUUAAUAAAUUACCAGUUAUAAUAAUUAAAAAGAUUAUUUCAUUAAUUAGUAAUAAUAGAUUAACAGCAGAUUAUUUUCAAUUAACAUUAAUUGAUAAAAAGUGGAAUAAAUAUUGUAAAGAAACAAUACAUUUCUUAGAAUUUAAUAAUAAUGAUAUACUAGAUUUACCAAUAAAAAUAUUAUCAUCAUUUAAAUCAACAUCAACAUUAUCAUUAAAACAAUGUAAAUUAAAUUUAUUAAAAUUAUCAAAAUUAAUUAAAAGUUUAGAGAAUUUAAUUGAAUUAAAUAUAUUAUAUUGUAAUUUUUUAAAUAAUAAUAAUAAUAAUAAUAAUAAUAAUAAUAAUGAAAAUAAUGGAAAUAAUGGAAAUAAUAAUUUAAAAGAAUUUAUAAAUGAUUUAAAAGAUCAUUCAAAUUUAAUAAAUUUAGAAUUAGCAUUUAACCAAAUUGAUUUAGGAUUAUUGAAUCAAUUAAAGUCGUUAGUUAAUUUACCAGAAUAUUUUAAAAUAAAGUUAACAAUAAAAUUGAUGACAUCGAAUUCCACCAUUGGUAUAAUCAAUGAUAUUAUGAGUGGCAAUAAAUCGAUACUUUGGUCAUUGGAUUUAGGUCGUUGUAAAAUUGGUGGUAAAGAGUCGACUAGUAAUGGAUUUGUGGGAUUAUCUAAAUUUUCAAAUAUACUUAAAACAAUUACACCUCUUUCAUUAUCGUCAUUGGAUUUAUCAUAUAAUCAAUUAUCUAAUGAAUCUGCAAUUAUACUAGCUGAUGGUUUAUCAAGUAAUAAAUCUAUUCAGUCAUUGAAUUUAUCAUUUAAUGAUAUUAAACAAUUUGGUUCAGUUGCAAUUGCAAAAGCAUUAUCAAUUAAUAAUUCAAUAACAUCAUUACAGUAUAGUUGUAAUUCAUUAUUUCAAGAAGGUACUUUAGCAUUUGCUGAAAUGAUUUCACUUAAUCAAUCAUUAACUGAUUUAAAUUUAUCAAAUUGUAAACUUUCAUUAUCACCAUCAUCAUCAUCAUCUACUUCUUCAUCAUCAUCACCAGAAUCAUCAUCACCAGAAUCUUCAUCAAUAAUAAUAAUACCAACAGCAACACCAACAGAAAUUUCACAAUCAACAAUAACGACAGCAAUAACAAAAAUUGGAUUAACAUUUAAAAAUUCAUUAGGAAAGAAUAAAUCAUUAAAAUCAUUAAAUUUAUCAAGAAAUUUAAUUGAUAAUCAAGCGGUUGGAUAUAUUGCAUUUGGAUUAUCAUUGAAUAGGUCAAUUUUAAAUAUUGAUUUAUCAUGUAAUAGAAUUGGUGAUCAAGGUGCUAAAUUAUUAUCGAAAUCAAUUGCAUACAAUGAGAAUACAAUGAUUACUACAUUGAAUUUAAGUAGUAAUUGUAUUGAAGAUAGUGGUGCUUCUUCUUUCUCUGAUAUUAUAAUUAAUAAUAAAACAUUGACACAAUUGGAUUUAUCAAUUAAUUGGAUAAAUUCAAAUGGAAUAAUUCAAUUAUCAAAAUCAUUUGAAGUUUUAUCAUCAUCCUCAUCAUCAUCAUCAUCAUCAUCCUCUUCUUCUAAUUGUGUAUCACCAAUUACAUCAAUUGAUUUCUCUUGUAAUACAAUUUGUCAUAGAGGUGCGAAAUAUAUUGGUUCAUUUUUAAAGAAUUCAAAUAUAAAAUAUUUAAAUUUAUUUAGUAAUAAUUUAGAAGCAUUAGGUGCUAUUAAAUUAGCAAAAUCAUUUAGUUUAAUAAAUGAUAAUAUAAAUUUAACUCAAUUAGAUCUAUCAAGUAAUUCCCUUGGUAAUUAUGGUGUUUCAGUACUUGCAAAUCAAUUAAUUAAAAAUAAAACAAUUAAAUCAAUUUCAUUAUCACAAUCAUUAAUAACUUCUAUUGAAUCUUCACAUAUUCAAUCAACAACAACAACAACAACAAAUCCAAAAGAAGCUUCACCACCACCAACAACAACAACAACAACAACAACAACAACAACAACAACAGAUGAUAAAAAUAUAGUUGUAAGUGAUGGUGUAUUAUCAUUAGUAAAAUUAAUUAAAGAGAAUAAUGUGAUUGAAUUUAUUGAUUUAUCAUAUAAUUCAAUUGGUGCAAUUGGUGCAAAAGAGAUUUCUUUUGCAUUGAAGUCAAAUAAAACUAUAACAAAUUUAGAUUUAUCUUGUAAUUCAAUUGGUGAUAUUGGUGCAACAUCAAUUGCUAAUCAAGUGUUUCCUUUUAAUAAUAUUUUAUCGAGAUUAUCAUUAUAUAAUAAUAAGAUUAGUUCAGUUGGUGCAAAGAGUAUUGUGGAUAAUUUAAUUAAAAAUCAUACACUAUUCACUAUUAAUCUUUUGGCAAAUAAUAUUGAUAAUGAAUUAUUAAUUCCAAUAACUAAAAGGUUAGAACUUUUAUUACCAAAAAAUUAA